AUGGAGGGAACCGUCCAGUCCCAAACGCCACAACCCCCAAGGACCUGCGGCUCACCUGGGAAAUCAUGCUGGAACUUGGAUGUGAGGGUGGCGGUGCUUCUGCUGACUAUUGCUGGAGCUGUGAUCCUGCUGCUGCUGUACAGACUCUUACAGAUGAGACACAGAUUGAGGUUAGCCAGAGCGAGACACGCUCUGGAGUAUCACAGCUUCUUCCACACCGGCACCUACACACUCAAACACCCCACACCGAGUGAAGACCUGCCAACCAAGAACGGGACAGUCCCUGAUGAAGCUUCUCUGCCAAUCCAAACCGUUACCGCAGUGACACCUGUGCCCAUCACUGCACUGCCGCCCCCACCGGUGGCCCCUCCACCCCUACUUGCACUCCCUCCACCUCCUUCCCUGCCUCCACCACUUUUACAACGUCCAGCUUCUCUCCCAUCGACACAUCCUGUCCUGACCCUCCCUCUCCCCGUGCCUAUGAUCCACACCACCCCACCCAGCCCUCACCUAUCGUGGGGUGCCUGCUCAGAUGCAGAUGUGUACUCUCGGAUCGGAGCUUUCAGGCCCUCCAGGCUCUCCAGCCUUUCCAGCCAAUCAAAGGUCAUUUUGUUUGAACACUCGUCUCUCUGA